GCCAAUAUGUAUAUGUUCACAAUUUGUCAGAUCCCAAAAUUGAAAUCCCUUCGCCUAUUUCUCUUCCAGUCGACGAAUCUUUCUCCCUCACCUCACCGCCGUGAGAGAGUGACGCCGCCCCUCUCUUCGUAAAUCGCCGACGCGCCUCUCAACGCCAGUCGGCGCCGCUGUCGCUCUGUCUCUUCAAUCUGCCUGCCAGCCGUAUUGACAGCUCUAGUUAGAAUGAGUAGCUCUCUAUUAAUCAUGCAGAACAAAAAUGCAAUUCAUUGCCUUAUUCUUUCUUAGUUAUUCAAACCUUAUUUCCUAAAUUAGUUUUGUUAGGAAUUAGAGAAUUUUUAUUACAUAAUUUCAGAAUAUGGAGGGUUCUCGUGUCUGCAAGAGUUGUGGUGCUAGAGGGAAAUUUAUUGUGACGGACCACGACACGGGCAAUUCGGUUUGCACAUCGUGUGGCGUUGUUCAGGAUUUUGACAAUUUUCAGGCUCAUAUUGGGGGAAUUAAUGGUCCUGUUGGUACAUAUGUUCGUGUUGGUACUGUAGGGAGUGGAAGUUUUUAUAGUUAUAAAGAGACUAAGAUUUAUGAAGCACAGAAGGUGAUUGAGGAUUUGAUGUAUAGGUUAGGGUUUUCAGCAACAAAAUCAAGUGAGGUUAAACAUAUGGUUGAGAAAAUCACUGAAGGUGAAUAUGGUCAAGGAAGAUGGUUUUCUGUGCUUGUUGGUGCAUGCUCUUACACUGUGAUGAGGCAGGAUUUGAAAGUGUUGCCCAUGGAGGAAGUGGCAAAUUUGGUCGGGUGUGAUGUUUAUGAAAUGGGUCGAAUGAUAAAACGCGUCGUGGAUUUUCUUGAUUUGAGAUUGCCAGAGUUUGACAUUGUGAACUCGUUCGAACAGGCAAUUAGAAGCUGUCCGAGUUUUAGGGAGGUUCCGGAGGAUAUGAUCUCGAGGAUGUUGAAGCAAGGGGUGUUUUUGUUGCAGUGCUUGGUGAACUGGUUUGUGACAACAGGAAGGAGGCCAAUGCCUGUAGUGGCAGCGGUGUUAGUGUUCGUUGCAGAGCUAAAUCAAAUUGCCAUUAAGAUGGGAGACGUGGCAAGCGAGUUACAUUUAGCCCUCAAAACUUGUAAAUUAAGAUAUAAAGAGCUUUUGGAGAGACUUGUAAAGGUUGCCCAAGCCUUGCCUUGGGGUAAGGAUGUUAACAUGAAGAAUAUAAUGCGAAACGCACCAUCUGUGAUUCAGUAUAUGGAGUUGAAAUCAAUGUCGAACUGCAAUGACAAGGGAAAUGGUUCCGAAUGUGCUGUUGUUCAUGAUUUGAAUUACUUGCUUGGUGAUUGCCUGAGCAAGGAAAGUUUAUAUGGCUAUGCUGUUUACGGCUCUGAAAAUGAUUCGCAGUAUUUCAAUGGUGAAAACUCCCGAGCUUUGUGCAUUGACGCUCCAGAGAGAUUACAGCUUUGUCAGGAGUCCUUGUCGAUGAUUUAUUCAGAAUUGAAGAACGAGGUGUCUAUAGCCAAGGAAAGUAGCGAGAAUGGAUACACUAGUACGAGGAAAAGGAGAGAAUACGACAUACUUACUUUUACCGACUGGUGGAAGGGUGAAUCAGAGCUAAGCAGAAAGCUUCUUCUGAAGCAAAUAUUGGAGAAAGAUACGGGGUUAAACGCUACACCUCCUUCGUUCGAUAGAGGUUGCUUGGCAUAUGAAAGGCGACGAGAGAAGAUAUAUGCUGCUAAGCUGCGGAUUCAGAGGACUAUGGAUCCUUCAGCUGCUGCUGUUGUUGCUGAUGAUGAUAAAAAUGAUGUUUCUGUUUUAGAUAUGGGGAAGAAAAGAAAGAGGAAAAUGCAAUUUGAUAUUGAUUGGGAAGAUUUCAUUAUUGAAACCCUUCUCCUUCAUCAGGUCAGAGAAGAAGAGAUUGAGAAGGGGCAUUAUAAUGCAUUGCUUGGUUUGCAUGUUUUCAAUGGUGGAAGUUGAAGUUGAUGACUAGCUACUGAACACUUAAUACUGCCUACUAAACCAGUGCCUACUAAACCAGUGAGCUAAGCCCGUGCUAGAUUAUAUUCUGAUUCAUUCAUGUAAAGUAGCAAAUAUUUUCAAUCUUUAUGUCAAGUAUUUUUAAUUUCUUGUGUAAAAAAA